UAGGACAAUAUAUAAUUGAAGUUAAUGCUUCAAUUGGCAUUAAAAUGCUUUCAAAAUUCUUACGAACUACGUAUAGAUCUCAUGUUGGACAGCUGCUGACACGGAGGGUCACUCCAAAGGUCAUCAACGUGCGGUACGCGGAUAUGAUACCAGCCUCCCAGUACGACACACCCUUCCCAAAGAAGUUAAGAUUAGGGUACACCCUCAAAACGUACUGGGAAAUCAUCCCCUUGUUCCUGACAACAUGCGUGAGCUUGUCGCUUAUGUUCUUUUCGAUUUUAUGGGCUUGUAAAAAUAAGGUCGACGUAGUAUUCCAAUCGCACAGCCGCCAGAACAUAUCGCACACAAUGGACUUGCGGAACCCCUCAAUCCACAAGUUAAUCCUCAUCAACCAACAAUACCCACCGUGGCCGGAGAUGGCAGACGUACUGGAUAAGAUGAGGAUGGCGGAAAAGCGAGCUCUAGCGCGUCUAGCGUCCAACUGCGCCAACCGUUAGUUCUGGCCGGACUAUGCGUAGAACAAGUAACACUUAGACCAUACACAACGCUUAUUCCAGAUAUGCAUAGAUCAGACACUAUUCUUGUUAAGCAGUGCAUGUACAUGUCGGCGCAGUCUAACCCAGAACAGCCCAGAACAUGCAUGCCCAAAUUGCUGGGAAAAGCUGCACGAACAUAAAUUAUAAAAGUCCAUUUAUGUUAAUACAGUUCAAUUGAUGAUCAUUCGUGCAUCCUAAAUUUGUAUCACUUGUACAACCUAAAAUCUAUGCAUACCAAUAAUUGACGGAGACUUAAAAAUUGAAAUGACAAA